CCGGAAAUGCCUGGCUGGGAGAGCGGCGGGGAGGGAGCUACUACGUUUACCGAGUCUCCUGGCGGCCCAGAGUCGCACACACAGACCAGGCCUCUAACCAUUCCCUGGGAGCCUGCGUGCCAGCAGCCUGGAACCCAGAGCCUCUCCUGGAGCCUGCACAAUCAAUCCAGACUGAAGCCGAUGCCUUCUAGAGAGACGGAAGUACAAUCCAUCCAGGGCGCAGCUGAAUUUUGAGCGGCCUGAAUGCCUCCCCGUCCACCAGGGGACCGCUGGGACUAAUUCUCUUGGCAAACUUGUGGCCAGCCAAACCUACCAUGCUCCACAUCCCUGUUAUCCUUGGUUAUCGCCCAAGAUGAGCUUGUUGAAAACUUAAAAUUUGAUUCCUGAAAAGACUCAAUGGCUUACAAAAGAGAUGAAAUGUGGUCUGAGGGGCGAUAUGACUAUGAGAGACUUCCAAGAGAACGAGCAGCUCCUCGAAGUCACCCCAGUGAUGGCUACCAUAGAGUAGUUAAUAUUGUGCCAAAGAAACCACCACUACUAGACAGACCUGGUGAAGGAAGCUACAGUAGAUAUUACAGUCAUGUUGAUUACCGAGACUAUGACGAGGGCCGCAGUUUUUCUCAUGAUCGAAGAAGUGGUCCACCUCACAGAGGAGAUGAAUCUGGGUGUAGAUGGACAAGAGAUGAUCAUUCUGGAGGUCGACAGCCCGAAUACAGGGACGUGAGAGAUGGCUUUAGAAGAAAAAGUUUCUACUCUUCCCAUUACGUGAGAGACCGGUCUCCUCAUAAAAGGGACAAUCCUUAUUUCAGAGAAUCACCUGUAGGCCGAAAGGACUCUCCACACAGCAGGUCUGGCUCCAGUGUCAGCAGUAGAAGCUACUCUCCAGAAAGAAGCAAAACAUACUCUUUCCAUCAGUCUCAACAUAGAAAGUUCGUGCAUGCUGGUGCCUCCUACAAACGGCAGAAUGAAGGAAAACCAGAACGAGGUAAAGAGAGACCUGUCCAGCCUUUGAAAACUUCAAGAGAUACGUCCCCCUCAAGUUCUUCAGCAGUUGCCUCAUCAAAGGUGUUAGACAAGCCCACUAGACUAACUGAAAAAGAACUUGCUGAGGCUGCAAACAAGUGGGCUGCUGAAAAACUAGAGAAAGCAGAUGAGGGUAACUUACCUGAAAUUUCUGAGUAUGAGGCGGAAUCCACAGCAUCAUUGUUUAUCGACCAGCCAGAAGAACCUGAGUCAAAUGCAACAGAUGGCGUAGAAUUAUUUGAAGACAGUCAGCUAACCAAUCGCUCUAAAGCAAUAGCAUCAAAAACCAAAGAGAUUGAACAGGUUUACCGACAAGACUGUGAAACAUUCGGGAUGGUUGUGAAAAUGCUGAUUGAAAAAGAUCCUUCAUUAGAAAAGUCUAUACAGUUUGCCUUGAGGCAGAAUUUACAUGAAAUAGGUGAGCGGUGCGUUGAAGAACUCAAGCAUUUCAUUGCAGAGUAUGACACCUCUAGGCAGGAUUUUGGAGAGCCUUUUUAGAAGAUUUCUUGCUCAGGCAAAAGAAUGUUUCUAGGUACCCCCUUCCCCCCACCCCCCGGAUUGUGUAAAUCCUUAAUAUAUGGAAUUUUUGCAAUGAAGAGAAAUACUUUAUGAUAGUUGACCACAUUUCCAAUAUCAAAAAAACAUCUAAAAUAGUUUAAGAUAUUUUAAUUAGAUUUUUUUAUCUACAUGUAGAGCCCCCCUAAUCUGUACUCCCCCCUUCUUUUUUUUUUUUUUUUUUUCCUAAAAUGAUGUGUCGAUUAAUUUUCCAAACUUUGAAAAAGCAGUCCUGGAGAACAGCUUUCUGUGCUUACUCGUGUUCCGUAGUCUUCCACAGUACUCGGUCAUUUGUUUGGUCACAGGACUGUAGUUUACAAGUUGGAGAUCAUUCCACUUAAACAUCAGUAGUCUUUUUGGAUUUCAUAGUGAACAAUACCAUGUGAAAAUGUUAGAAUUCUGAGUUGUGAUUUUAUUAACUUGUUGCUUACUUAUCUUAGCCUUUGUAACUUUUAAUGUGUUAAUAUGUAUUGUCCAAAUAAACUAAAGACAUUUUAGAGAAUAUUUGCUUUUAAAAUAAUUUCCAUUCAGUGAUAAAAUUAGGACACUUAAAUCUCUAAAAGACACUUCGGGAUAAAAAAAAAUUUUUUUUUUAACCAACUAAAUUUACUCAGUGUCUUCUAUUAAAAUAAUCUCGACUACUCUCACUGAUGUGUGAGUCUUACAUAGUAUCAUAUUCAAGACUAACAGAAAAGGGGCAGUUUGAAAUGAAAGAUGAGGGAUAUUUUAAAGUUUUAGAUUUCUCAAAAGACUUCUAAUUGACAAAGAAAAAUUUAGAGGAUAUGGGAGAGUAGAGUUUUAUUUUUUCCAUAGGUCCAUAUUCCCCAUCUUAAGAAAUAAGAUAAAUGAUAAUAUCUAUACCCAAGAUUAAGCCAUUUACAGAUUAUUCACUUGUUAAUCUCUGUUUGUAGUCCAGUGAGUUCCUUUUUCUGCUGCCCGUUUUAGAGGUUCUUAGCCCUUUGAAAGUGUUCUUGAAAGAAACAAAAUAGGCAGUAAACCCAGCAUAGUUUACCCGUUGAUCAGCAGUCUGUGUAAACAGUACUUCAUGAGUGAGCUGUCCAAAUCACGGGUUAGUUAGAAUCUAACUGAAGAUGAGGAUAUUCUGCUCAUUUCCUGAUCACUUCCAGCAGCCUGGUGGCACUUAGCCAAAAUAUAUCAUUUUGUGGCAUUAGUUAGUGAGGAAACCUUAAAAAUCAUGUUUGUUAUUACUACCCAGUUUCAUUACCCUCCCAUUCUCUUUCCAUUUCCACUCUCUUCAUGCUUGAAUUCUGGCAUUAUUUUUAGUGACCUCUAUUUUUAUUGAUAGUAUCUAAAAGAGCUACCCCAGAGUAGAAAAAAGAAAUUAUAUUAAAAGUAGGAAUAGCACUGUAAGUAAUUUUAACACAUCCUAUAAUGGAUGCCUCAAAAUAUGUAUUAUCCCAUUCCACAAAUUUAAAAACUGAGGGUAACAAUUAUUUUUUAAAGUUUCCUAAAUUAGACCAGCUUGAAUUUUUAUUUUUGCCAUUUAGAUGUUGUAUUUAUCUAAUUUUUAUAAAGCAUAAAAUAUCUCUGAUAUUCUUCCCUAAUGCAAGCAGUGAUUUUGUUAACUUUGGACAGACUAAGAAAGUACUGAACUCCUUCCCUCUCCCCGCCCAAUUCCAGGAUUCAGUUCAUUUAGACAAGAUGUCACAAGUUUGAAAAUAAAACUUGAGAAACUACCAUAGAGUCACAGGGGUUGUUCACUUUGCUGAAAUUCGUUACAGAAGUUUUAUUAACAACAGAUGCAUUUAAAUGUAGGGUCAACGGAUAAUUUCUUCUUUUCCCCUCCUCCGAAGCUAUAUUCAAAAAGUAAAGCUGUUUAUAGCUUGCCAUCAGCAUUAUUUUGGUAGGCUCGUCAGUGUUAAAUCUGUUUUGUUUCUUUUUUAAAGCUUUUUAAAGUCUGAUUUUAGGAUAGAUAAGUUCAGAUGUGUACCAUUUUGCAAAAUGUUCUUGAUAAAAGGAAUUUGUUUGUAAAGUAUCCAUUCUUUUUCAAAGUAUUCUCAAUUGAUGUGAUAAAAUUUUCAUUGUCUUAACAUAAUGCCUUGAUGAUCAACAGGGGGAAAACAGAUAUUGUAAAGCUUUUUGUGAAUUUUAAAAGUGCAAAAUAAAACAACCAGAUUUAAAUAAUUAGAUUGUGUUUUCUCUUAUCUCAACAGGCAUAAGUUUUGCUAAAACGUAGCCUUUAUUACUCUUUAAGAUUACUCCUUAAUUUUUUUUUAUUCAGUUUACCUACUCUGCAGCAGGACAGGAGGAAGAUUGAGAAUUGAGAACACUUAACUCUGAUGACUUACAGAGUCUUGAUCUCUGAGAACGCAGUUAAACAAGAUUAGAUGGUGCCUGACACAUAGUAACCAAAACCAAAAAACCUGUUGCUGUUGAGUCGAUUCCAACUCACAGCAAUCCUAUAGGACAGGGUAGAAUUGCCCCACAGAGUUUCCAGGGAGCGUUGGUGGUUCGAACUAUUCGAACCACCUUUUGGUUAGUGGUGGUAGCACUUAACUACUGUGCCACCAGGGUUUCCUGACACACAGUGAUGCUCAAUACUUGGGUGAUUGUGAAUUUCAGAGGAUUGUAGAAUUAAAAUUUUACACCUUUGUAAUUUAAUAGUAACUCCUUGAGGGCAGGAAUGUGUUGUCUUUAUGGCCCCAGUUCCUAGCACAGUUUACAACAUUGUAGGUACUCAUAUUUGUUAAGAUGGGUUCACAAGGGAAGUGACAUUUGACCUGAGUCUUGGAGGAAUAGGAUUUGUUCAGCCGGAGAAGGGUAGUAUUGCACGUCCAGAGGAGGGAAGGGUACAGGCUAGCAUGACAGAAGCUAGUGGGGGAAGAUGAUAGGAGGUGACGGUGGGCAAAGGUAGCUGAGAGCAGAAUGUGCAGGGUUUUGAAUGGUUGAAGUUUUACUCUUUCUUAAGAAUGCAGUGUAAAAACAUUACCUAUGUAUUAUUCUUGCUAAAAAUGUUGAUUUCUCAUGGUCCCUCAGCUACUUCCUAGCCCUGAGCCAGUUCACAGAUUCAGAACCUCUUGAAAGAAGAUGAGACCAGAUCCCAUUAAAGAAGGACUCUGCUACACUGCUAAAAUGAAUGCUGAUUUCAGCUUUACUUUAGAGUUUCCUUCAAGGGAUCCUAAGUCUCAAGGAAAGCUCUGACAGUUCUUUGGCUACAACUUUGGAGAUGGUGACCUGGUCAUCUCUGAAGUGUUCAUGGUGGACAGCAUUCAAUGUUGCAGGCAGCCAGCCACCCAGGUGGCUUUACACCUGUGACACUGCUCAGGCCAGGGCCUGGAGCUUCUGUGAGUAAUGGGCACACUCAGCUUGCCAGACCAAGGUUUGUGGGUUAUCCACAGUGCAUUUAUCAUCUUGCCAGUUCUCUUGAGAGAAAGAAAAAACUAGUAACUAAGGUAGUUAGAAGAGUCUAUUCUCUCAUUUUCCUGUGGUAAUAGAGGUGAAAUUGAGUCACAUGGCUGCCUAACUAGGACUACAUUUCCUGUGUCCCCCCCUGCAGUUAGGUGUGACCAAGUGACUAAGUCCCCUCCUAUGGAAUAUCAGUGUAAGUACCUGCCACUUCCCUGCCAGGGCCCUUAGGACAGUGGACGUGUCUCCUCCAUGCUCUCUCCUAGCUCCUCCCAAGAGUAGUAGCAACCCAGCCUUGACUGUGCAGACAACAAAGUCCUGGGAGAUAGCAGAGCUGUAAGAGAGGAGGAACCUGGAUCCCUAAGUGACCACAUGGAGCACUGAGCUGUUCUGCGAGAGAGGAAUAAAUGUCUUUGUUUCUUAA